AUGAACAGACUACCGGAUUUCACCAGACUCAUCUCCUCGCCCCCCUUCACCUUCCUCGUCGGCAAAGACCACACCAAACUCACCAUCCAAUCCGCCCUCGCCCAACAUGUCUCCAGGCCGCUGGACGAUCUCAUGAACAAUGGGCACACGCGCGAAUCCAAGCAUCGCAUCGCCGUGCUCGAGGACGAGGAGGUCGAGGUCUUCACUGCCUUUACGCAGUACGCAUACACGGGCAACUACACCGUGCCGGAGCAGAAGAGCGAAUUGCAGCUGCCAACCAGACCCGCCGCUGAAUUGUCGCCGGUGUCUUCUUCCAAGUCUACUGGGUCCAGGUCUGCGUCUGGUGCUGUAGAACAGCAGCAGCAGCAGCAGCAGCUACAACCUCUCAGUAUCGUUCGCGCCCAGUCGUCGGCUUCAUUCUUGCCGCCUCCGGCUCCGACGCCGCCGCCCUUUGACCGGCUGGAUGCGAAGCACGGCCAAAGUCGCAGAUAUGCCGAAACGCCGCUCGCUGUAGCGGCGGAUCAGUGGGACAAUCCCUUUGCGCAUCCGGCCGAGCAGCAGCAGAACGAACACUCGUUCCGGGAGGAUACUCCUCCCGCUGAAGUUGUCAACGUCGGUAGUCAAAACGAUCCGCCAGCGCAAGAAGACCAAGACGCAGGCGCAGAUGCGGAAGCAGCGGAAGAAGAAUGGGUGCCCAAAAAGGCCGGCAAAAAGGACAAGAAGAAGAAACGAAAGAAUGCAGGCGCAGCGACGGCUGUUUUUGAAGAGGCCGUGCCGACAACCAGCUUGACUCCGCCGUCUACGCCGCCGAUUGACGUUAGAGAUGAGGUCCCUCCGAAGAGGAAGGAGACUAAGGUGGUUGUGAUUCAGCAGGCCCGACCGGACUACGAUGCUGACUGCGCUGUUGAGACGGAUCCCGGCGAUGAUGGCGAGGCUGAUGCGUAUCAAGAGCGAGAACGAGAGGAGGAUGGCGACGGAGACUGGUGGGAUCAGCCUGUUUUUCCCCCGAGUGGCAGACGACGCGGCCGAGAGAGAACACCCCCUCGCAGGGUACAGCCAUUGAUAGACACAUCCUUUGCCAGCCAGCGCAUCUCUGCAGCGCCGCGCAAAAGGGGCGCGAAUACAUGGACCGAAUUCGCAGCACUCGACUAUUUCCACCAGCCGCAGCAGCCUGUUGAUUACGAUGACAACGACCACAAACAGGCCGCAGCACAGCCCUUGCUGAUCGUUGUCCCCUACAUUCUGUUUCAUGCCAAAGUCUACGUCUUCGCCACGCGCUACCUCAUCUCUGGCCUCGCGCAGCUCUGUCUCCAGAAACUGCACACCUCGCUCGUCGACUACCCUCUAAGCCACGGCCAUGAGCACGAGCAUGAAGAUGAAAAUGAAAAUGAAGAUGAAGGAACCGAAUCCCUCCGCUUCAAUGCCCACGCCAAAAUGUUCCUCGACAUCCUACGCUACACAUACGAAAACACAACGCGCUUCGAGCCCGAAUCGCAAACCUCCGCCACGCAGCUGCGCGAGUGCGAACUGCGCAAGCUCGUGGCGCAGUAUGCGGCGUGCAAGAUGCGCGAAUUGGCGGCGUACACGCCGGCAGCGAUCCCCGUGCUGUCGUCGCCCAGCCAUGGGCCGGGGUCGGGGGUGAGCAUGAUUCCUGCGCCGGGGGGUGGGCUGAGGGAGCUGUUGGAUCGGAUUCCAGAGUUGGCGUCGGAUUUGGUGUUUAUGAUGAUGUAG